GUAACGAAAAUAAUAAUGGAAUAAAGGGAAAGUCUAUAAGUGAGGAAGUGGAAAAAACUUAUUACUCUGAUUUUUAUACCACGCCACCACCACAAGCGGGCUUGAUUAAUAGAUAUACGUCAACACCAUCGUGUUCUGUAUUAAUAGAGUCACCAGAAAUACCUGCUCGAGUAGGUAACAAUAUUUUUUCGGAAAAUUAUUAUGAUAAUGAUCGCGUAAUAAUUGAUGACGUAGAAAAUCUCUACUUUAAAGAUGGUGACCCAGCUAAUGAUUAUAAAAUAAAUGAAUUUAAUGUAUCUCAGAUGUUUAGAAAGUAUCAAAACGAGUCAGUAAGAAUGUCUAAAAAUGGAGGUUUAGUCAUCGAAUCUAACGUUCACGAGAUUCUUUCAUUGUCGUCGAUAUUUUUAUUAUCACCCAAUUCUUAUUCAAAACAAAUGGUUAACGUAUUUGGAACUCGUUUUCUUGAUGAAAUACGUCAAAACAUCAUACCAACUCAGGAAAUGACAUUAAAUCUUGAAUGUGAAUUAAAAUUUAGAGAGGCUAUAAAAAAAUCGACUAAAGAGUCUCGUGAACAUGCCAAAGAAUGGCUUCUUAAUGAGCUUACAAAUGAUCAAAAUUUGGAAAAAAACCUUGGCUCCGUAAUUUUAAAAGGGUUAGAAACAUUACCUAACGAUAAGAUUAGAAAUGAUCCCAGUGAGAUAACUCUUAUCACUAAUUAUUUGGAUUAUGUCAUGAGGAGUAUAUUUCAUGACCCGGAAAAGCACGUCGUCCAAUGGCCGAACACGGGUUUGAACGAAAGUAAGUUAAGAAAAUUCAAUGGGCGAGCCAAGCAACCGGAUUUUACGGUCUCUGUAAUCCAUCAGCUUCAAACAGCUGCGACUAUUUUUGUAGGUGAAGUUAGUCCCCCAUCGCAAAAAUAUAAUGUAUAUAAAAAUUGCAGCGAUUUAAUUAGACUUGGUGUCUUCAUGAAAGACUGCAUCGAUUCUGCAAUCGACAAGGGUGCUGAUGUCAAAAUUAUUGGUUUUCAAUGUGUCGAUUUCAUAAUUGAUUUUUAUAUGAUUGACCUUGUCAAGGGAACUUAUUUUAUGAUUCACAUUUCCCAAGUUUCGAUUCCAGCAUCAAUUAAAGAAUUGCUAUUUUUU